UUCAUCAAUGCAUAGACUGCAACUGGAAAUGUGAAGCUCACAUCCCUAGGCAGCUGGGAUAUGGCGACCCGGAGCCUGGAUUCUUCCUCCUUCUCCUCCUGCUGCUGCUGCACUCUCUGAAACACCUGAAAGUGUCUCUGCCUGCCGGCUCGGGAGCAAACCCUCCUCCCUCCCUCCCUCCCUCGUCUUCCCACCUCUCCCAACAACCCAGCAGCAGAGUCUCCCAGUCCUGGAGGGAGAGGGAAGAAGGAGGGGGGAGAAAAGCCCUAGGAAAAGGAUCGUUAGUCGCCGAGGCAGACAGCUGUUAGUCUAACUAUGGCGGAUGUAGAGCUGACACAUCAUUCACCUCCAAGUCCUGGAGCCAGGUUGGGAGGACAGGAGAACACUGGGAUUAGCACCUUGGAACCUGGUCAGAAAGCACCCAACUCUCCCUCAGGCAAGCUUAUCCCCAUCAAAGUCCUUCUGCUCGAUGACACGCAGGAAGUGUAUGAGGUUCCGCUGAAGGCUCCCGGGAAGUAUCUGCUGGAUUUGAUUUGUCAAAACCUGAACCUAGUUGAGAGUGAUUAUUUCGCAUUGGAGUUCCUGGAUUAUCGAAAGGUUAUGGUGUGGCUUGACCUUUUGAAACCAAUUGUGAAGCAAGUCAAAAGGCCACGGCAUGUUGUGAUGAGAUUCGUUGUGAAGUUCUUCCCUCCUGACCAUGCUCAACUGCAGGAAGAACUGACGAGGUACCUCUUUGCCUUGCAAAUCAAACAGGACCUGGCCUCUGGAAGGAUGACCUGUAAUGACACGAGUGCAGCUCUUCUGGUGUCUCAUAUUGUCCAGUCCGAAAUUGGGGAUUUUGAUGAAACGCUCAUCCGUGAGCACUUGGAGAAAAACAAGUACAUACCUCAGCAAGAAGCCCUGGUGGAUAAGAUAGCGGAAUUUCAUCGCAGGCAUGUUGGACACACACCUGCUGCUUCUGACUAUCAGCUGCUUGAGAUCGCCAGAAGGCUAGAAAUGUACGGGAUUCGGCAACAUUGUGCAAAGGACAGAGAGGGUACAAAGAUCAACCUGUCUGUGUCUCAUGCCGGGAUCAUCGUUUUCCAGGGUAACAACAAAAUCAACUCAUUCAAUUGGGCCAAGGUUCGCAAGCUGAGCUUUAAGAGGAAACGCUUCCUGAUAAAGUUUCGCCCGGAAAUGAAUUCCUGUCAGGACACCUUGGAGUUUUCCAUGGCCAGUCGUGAUUCCUGCAAGGCGUUCUGGAAGAUUUGUGUUGAAUAUCAUGCCUUCUUCCGACUGUUUGAAGAACCCAAACCAAAACCCAAGCCCAUUCUGUUCAGUCGAGGGUCCUCGUUCAGAUUUAGUGGAAGAACCCAGAAGCAGCUCCUGGAUUAUGUUAAAGAAGGAGGAUACAAAAAGACACAGUUUGAAAGGAAACAUAGUAAAAUGCGAUCCAUCCAAAGUUUGCCUGAACAUUCGUCACUGGUGCCAAAACAAAGCGGUAGUCUUUCCUUUGGUGAGCGGUCAGCCUCGACAGGAGCACCAUCUCCUAGCCAGAGGAAGGAUCUGGGAAUCUCCCAGACAACCGAUGAAGACAGGGUAGAGCGGAAGAGUGCGUCACCAUCAGGCAGCCCCAGGAGGGACAGACAGGAGGACGCCGUGAGGGACAAUGUUCACCAGCCGAAGGCCCAACGAGAACACCAGAAUGCAGGUUCCCUAGUGUGCAGUCCACAUGUGUCAGAACUCUCGCUGAAUUCACAAAGUGCUCCUGGUGUUCAGAAUCUCUCACUGUCUCCUCGCCUGAGCCCAGAUGGCAAACAGCACUCACCGUUGAUGACUCCACUCUUGACGGAUGCAACAUGUGUCAAGACUGAUGACGAAGAAGAAAUGAGGAGAAAGAGGUUCCCAGCAGACAAAGCUUAUUUCAUCGCCAAAGAAGUGUCCACUACAGAACGAACCUACCUUAAGGAUCUUGAAGUCAUCACAUCAUGUUUUCAAAGUGCUGUAGCCAAAGAUGAUGUAAUGCCAGAACCAUUGAAGACUUUGCUGUUUUCGAAUUUUAAUCCACUGUACAAGUUCCACACUGGCUUUCUGAAGGAGAUUGAGCAGAGACUCGCGCUUUGGGAAGGAAGGUCAAACGCUCAUAUCAAAGGUGAUUACCAAAGAAUUGGAGACGUGAUGCUAAAAAAUUUGCGGAGUAUGAAGCAAUUUUCAGUCCAUCUGCAGAAGCACGGUGAGAUUCUGAUGGAGCUGGAGAAAGCUAUUCGCAACUCCAGAAGGCUGGAAGCAGUGUGCCGGGAGUUUGAGCAACAGAAAGUCUGCUACCUCCCCCUCAACAUAUUUUUCCUGAGGCCCCUGCACCGGCUGAUGCAUUACAAGCAGAUCCUGGAGAGGCUGUGCAAACACUACCCGCCCACUCACGUGGAUUUCCGAGAUUCACGAGCUGCGUUAGCAGAAGUAGCAGAAAUGGUAGCUCAACUCCAUGGUACAAUGAUCAAAAUGGAGAACUUUCAGAAGCUUGUUGAACUGAAGCGGGACUUGAUUGGGAUUGACAAUCUGGUUAUUCCUGGCAGGGAGUUCAUUAGACAAGGAUGUCUCAGCAAAUUAUCUGCAAAGGGAUUGCAGCAGCGAAUGUUCUUCUUGUUCAAUGAUAUUCUCUUGUACACAAGUAGAGGACUAACUGCAUCCAAUCAGUUCAAAGUUCAUGGACAGAUUCCACUGUACGGUAUGACUAUUGAGGAAAGCGAGGAAGAGUGGUCACUCCCUCACUGUUUCACUCUCAAUGGACAACGCCAGUCCAUCGUCGUAGCAGCGAGUGCCCAGGUAGAGAUGGACAAAUGGAUUGAGGAUUUACAGAUGGCUGUGGAUCUUGCUCAACAAUGCAAUGGGUCAACCAGUGAACUAAUGACUCCCAGUCCUAGUGAUGGACCCAACAAAUCGCCUGACGAGACGUCUGUAGAGCAUGAAUCUGAAGAUGAUCUAAGUGCCUCAAGGACCUCUCUUGAGAGACAAUCACCCCAUCGUGGCAAUACCACAAUGCACGUUUGCUGGCACAGAAAUACUAGUGUUUCAAUGGUGGAUUAUAGCAUUGCUGUGGAGAAUCAGCUGUCUGGAAACCUAUUGAGGAAAUUCAAAAACAGCAACGGCUGGCAAAAGCUUUGGGUGGUUUUUACCAAUUUCUGCCUCUUUUUCUACAAAUCGCAUCAGGACAAUCAUCCACUAGCAAGCUUGCCAUUGUUGGGCUAUUCUGUCACCAUUCCUGCAGAGUCUGACAAUAUCCACAAAGACUAUGUCUUCAAGUUACAGUUCAAGUCACAUGUAUAUUUCUUCAGGGCCGAAAGUGAAUAUACAUUUGAAAGGUGGAUGGAAGUGAUCAGAAGUGCCACCAGCUCAGCCACCCGGACUCGCCUUUUAAGCCGCAAGGAAUCUCAUGCCUACUAAUCACCAGGGGAGGAAGCCCCUUUCAACCAGAUCCAGUUAUCACAGCUUUUUGAGCAGAAUUCUCACCAAAAAGCUUAUUGAAUAACUAAACCACCAUGCCAAUAUUCCAACUCAAUCUAUUUUAGGAUUACAAAAAAAAAAUUAAAAUGUGCAUGAUUUUUUUUCUGCUGCCCAGCAAACCUCACGUUAUUCCAAAAUGGGGCCAACUUAUGUCCUGCCCAGAGUUAACUGAAUUUGUGUAUCACCAAUAUUGUGUAAAGCUUCGAGCUGAACAGAGGAGUUUGAAAAAAAUGCAUAUCUAAUUCGAUUCUGGGAUUUCACUGUUUUCUAAAUGCAAAUAUAAACCAUAUUUGACAAAUUAAUCACUGGUAUGCAUUUUAAAGGAUUCAACUGUAUUUGUAGGUGUGGCACUAAUGAUUUUGAUUUACAAUUCUUUAGUCUAAGACAUUUUAGGUACUGAUUAAUACAGACUUUGACAAUCAAUACUGUUGCUUUGGAAUGAGUUUGUCUUUGUCAUUACUUUGAUUCAAAGAAUCUCUCAACUUUACAAAAGCCCAAUUGACUGACUUGAAUUUUUCCAGACACUCCACUGAACAUAAUUUUUCUCACAAUGUGAAAGUGUUGCCAUAUGUUAAUUAGUUCAGGUUCAGUUCCAAUCUGAUUAUUGCAAACAAAAAUUAACCCUCGCUAAAAGAGGCUGAGUAACCAUUUGCAAAAUAGUACAAUUUUCACUUACUUACUACUUUUGGAUUACCAUAAGUUGGACUUCGUAAAUAAAAGAUUUUCAUUAUCACCAAAACCAAAUGUACACAGUAGAGAUUACAAACAACUGAGUAAACUAAAAUCUCUUGGUAUCCAGAUUCUUAAAUAUCCCAUAGUCCAGUUAUUUAUACGCCAUUCAUUCAACCAUAUGGGAUAACCGAUAUGAUAUUCUGAGGCAUUUGGCCCAGUUUUUCCUGAUUUCAGUGAACAGGGAACAAUCACUGACUGGUUAACAGCAUCUCAUUAACUACUCUUCCCCCUUUGCCACUACACACCCAACUGCGCUAAUCCCCAGCCCGUCCCAUGCAGAAAACAACUAUUGCGUGAAAGGUGGAACAGGAUCCGAGCUGAACCAACAUUGUGUUUCAGGCAUAGAGCCACCAACUUGUUUCAUCCAGGCCAGAAUUUGACUUGCCUCAACUCCCAUUUGUCAGAAGUAAACUUUAUGUAAAAGAAAAUUAAAAUAUCUAACCUUGUGAAAGCCAGUACAGAGUGAAGAAUUUGACAUGUUGGAACUGUUUUGUUUUAAAUAAAUAUUGAACAGGUACUUCUGUUGAAGCAAAGACUCCAUCAGGUAGGAUUGCACUAAACGAAAUUAGCACAAAAGUGCAAAAUAAUUGAAGCAGCAGGUAUGGGAAUUGGAGAUGGUUGCAUCAACAUGUUUGUGUGUUAAGACCGCUUAGUGCAAUGCCACCAUUGAUGUCUACAACCAUUUUUGUUUUAGCAUAUUAUUGAUAAUACUUUUUUUAAAAAUGGCCUGAACCAUUUCAAUAAACAUUACAACUAACA